AUGAAGAACCCUCCUGAAUCCGAAUCCACCACUACCAGUACCAAUGGAGUCCAGAUCCGACAAUCAAGAAGAUUGCCUGAUUUCUUGCAGAGUGUGAAUCUUAAGUAUGUCAAGUUGGGUUAUCAUUAUUUGAUAACUCAUUUGUUGACUCUUUGUUUUGUCCCUUUAAUGGCUUUUGUUAUUUUUCAAGCUUCUCAGUUGCACCCAAAUGACAUUCACCAACUUUGGCUUCACCUUCAAUACAAUCUUGUUAGUGUCAUUAUUUGUUCUGUUUUUCUUGUUUUUGGAGCCACAGUUUAUAUUAUGACCAGGCCCAGAUCCGUUUUUCUUGUUGAUUAUGCUUGUUAUAAGCCUCCAUCGAAGCUACAAGUCAAAUUUCAACAAUUCAUGGAGCACUCAAAGCUGACCGGUGAUUUUGAUGGUUCUUCAUUGGAAUUUCAAAGGAAGAUUUUGGAAAGAUCAGGUCUUGGUGAAGAAACUUAUGUUCCUGAAGCUAUGCAUCAUGUUCCACCAAGACCAUCAAUUGCAGCAGCCAGAGAAGAGGCCCAGCAGGUGAUGUUUGGUGCAUUGGAUACUUUAUUUGCAAAUACUAGUAUCAAGUCUAAAGAUAUUGGUAUUCUUGUUGUGAACUGUAGUUUGUUUAAUCCUACACCAUCAUUGUCUGCAAUGAUUGUUAACAAGUAUAAAUUGAGAGGGAAUAUAAGGACUUUUAAUCUUGGGGGUAUGGGGUGUAGUGCUGGGGUGAUUGCUGUUGACCUUGCUAAAGAUAUGUUGCAAGUUCAUAGGAAUACUUAUGCAGUUGUUGUGAGUACUGAGAACAUUACACAGAAUUGGUAUUUUGGGAACAAGAAGUCAAUGCUGAUACCAAAUUGCUUGUUUAGAGUCGGAGGUUCUGCUGUUUUGUUGUCGAAUAAAGCUAAAGAUAAGAGAAGAGCCAAGUAUAAGCUUGUUCAUGUGGUUAGAACUCAUAAAGGAGCUGAUGAUAAGGCGUUCAAGUGUGUUUAUCAGGAGCAGGAUGAUGCUGGGAAAACAGGGGUUUCUUUGUCAAAAGAGCUCAUGGCAAUUGCUGGUGGUGCACUUAAGACUAAUAUUACAACCCUGGGUCCUUUGGUUCUUCCAAUCAGCGAGCAACUCUUGUUCUUUUCAACUUUAGUUGCUAAGAAAUUGUUCAAUGCAAAAGUGAAGCCGUAUAUCCCAGAUUUUAAGCUUGCCUUCGAUCAUUUCUGUAUUCAUGCUGGGGGGAGAGCUGUGAUUGAUGAGCUUGAGAAGAAUCUGCAGCUUUUGCCUAUUCAUGUUGAAGCUUCCAGGAUGACUUUGCAUCGUUUCGGUAACACUUCGUCAAGCUCAAUUUGGUACGAGCUGGCUUACACCGAGGCAAAGGGAAGAGUACGGAGGGGGAACCGUGUGUGGCAGAUUGCUUUUGGCAGUGGUUUCAAGUGUAACAGUGCAAUUUGGGAGGCUCUAAGGCAUGUUAAGCCAUCUGCUAGUAAUCCAUGGGAUGAUUGCAUUGACAGGUAUCCAGUACAGAUGGUCAUGUAG